AUUCCCCCCUCACUGGUCAAUCCUUUCUCCUAAAACCUCCAUCCCACGCGCCAAUGACGCUCCCUGGCCUCCCUCAUCCAUCGGCCCGGCGUAUCCACCCUCGACCCGCCGCUACAGCAACCGAACCCAAUAGUCCAAUAGCAUCACCAUCCGUGAAGUGUAGCGGGAGUGAGCGUCGGUGCCCGCAGCCAGUGGGAUUGCGAGACACCUUCACCGCUUUUGUCACGACGGCCUUGGCGCGUGGUGGUGAAGUGAUGCAGGACGCUUAUUUCCACGUUUGGAGCGUAUUGAUUGUAGGUGAUACCGUGGGAUGUGGGUUACCAAGGGAAUUUUCGGAGGGGUGUGUUGUUUAGAGGAAAAUUUGGAGAAGGAGACCGCGGGUUGUGAAGGUAAAGUGGGGUCGCUAUGGUUUUUCGGAGGUAAUGGUUUGCGCCUGUCCGACUCGAUGGUUGUGAUAUCGCAUGUUUAGUGCUCUUGAUCCUAUU